AUGUCGUCUCAGGGAUCUCUUAAGGGCAGACUGGCUAUUGUCACUGGCAGUGGGAAAGAGAACGGAAUUGGUUUUGCUAUUGCAACUGCGCUUGCUGAACAGGGUGCAGACAUCGUCCUCCACUAUAACACCAACAAGGAAUCUGCUCUCAAAAAUGUGAAGACACUUGAGUCUCGACACGUCAAAGCCAUCGCUGUUCAUGGCGAUGCAUCCGGUACUACGUUUGGGAAAGAUAUCAUCUCUGCGACCACUGCUGCAUUUCCAGGUCGAAAGAUCGACAUCAUCAUCAACAACUCUGGACUAGGACUUUUCCAUCUCGAUACUGCAUCCAUUCCGACCGAGGACUUCGACACUCUUUUCCACGCAAACACUCGUGGGCCCUUUCUUCUUGUCCAAGCUGCUUUGCCCCAUCUGGCAGCACCAGGAGGAAGGAUCGUCAAUAUUAGCAGCGUUGUGGCUCGGAGCGGCAGUCAGUUUGCCGCAUUGUAUGCCGGGACCAAAGCAGCGUUGAGUGCAAUGGCUCUCGGAUGGGCCGAGGAGCUCGGUGGUAAAGGAAUUACAGUCAACACCAUUCUGCCGGGUCCCAUUGACACCGAUAUGGCGCCUCCUGAGGAGCAUCCCUUGAUACAGAAGUUUCGGGUGGAACAGAGCAUCAAGAGGAAUGGAACUGUCAAAGAAGUGGCGGAUGUGGUGGCUUUUAUCGCCAGUCCGGGAAGUUCGUUUCUGACUGGGCAAGACAUAUCCGUUGAUGGAGGCUUGACGUACGUGUAG